GAAAGGAAUUGUAUCGUAUCAGUUUGUGGCCAUGGUGCAUGCAAGUUGUUUGGCCUAGCUAAGUUCUUUAAUGGUGAUCAUUACACAUACAUUACGACAGCUGUGUUAUGGAACUAGAUAAAAUGGACGAGAACGACUGGAAAUACCAUGGGGAAGGAAACAAGAGCCUAGUGGUUUCUCACGGCCAGCAUUCCAGAGUUCUUCGUCUUUUGAAGUACCCUGCAGAAAAUGCAGAGAACACACACCAGACAACAGAACAGGCCUUCCGGCACAUCCAGAACAUUGUUGACUUUAAUAAAAAUGUUAUGAAGCCGCUCCUUGGAGAGAAAUACGUCCAUCACGGGGAGGCUGUUAAACUACCUUUAGACUUUGUGAGGCAGCUGUCCUUGAAGGUUCAACAGGAGCGGCCAGAAUCGCGCUGUGACAAAGUGAUGGACACCUUCAGUGGCUGUGCCGUGUGCUUGCCUAACCUGACCCAGAUCUCUGCCUGCCACAUCAGUGAACACAGACCUCCGCUCUGCAUCGAAAUAAAGCCAAAAUGUGGAUUUCUGCCAUUUUCACGACAUGCCUCAAAGGAAGUGAAGCGUAAGGUGUGCCGCUUCUGUCUGCAUCAGCACUUUAAGCUGGCCAACGGCAAAUGGAAGCGAAUGAGCAGGUAUUGUCCCCUGGAUCUGUUCUCAGGGAAUAAACAGAGAAUGUAUGUUGCAAUUAAACACUUGUUAGAGGAGCCACAAAACAACUUCAAAAUAUUUAAGAACGGUGUGUUGAUAUACAGCUGUAAGGACGACGCGGAUCGGCAGCAGGACCUGAACGAGCUGGCCCAGCACCUCAAACCUUACUUCUUCCCCACUAACGGCCUAAUCAAUGGUCACCAGUCCAGCAAGGUGGUCCUGAACGAGCUGAUCCAAGUGAUAAUCAGUGCACUGCUCAGCAGCUGGGACUCCAGUCGCACGGGAGAGCCCAGGAAGGUGCUGCCGUCGGAGGGCAGGGCUCACUGCGAAGCCAGCCCCCUGCACUGGGACAUGCUGCGAAAUGGUAACCACUACCUGCCCAAAGACUGUGUUCUGUCUAAAAUACUGCAAGCUCAGAUGCUGGAUAACCUGGACAUUGAAGGACUUUACCCCCUGUACAAACGGGUGGAGCAGUACCUGGAGGAAUUCCCCAAAGAAAGGAACAGACUACAGAUAGAUGGGCCAUACAAUGAAAACUUUCUGGAGAAAGUGAAAAAUUGCCCCUCUGAAGAUGAUGGCUCAAUUGAAUAUGCAGUUGGCAAGGUCCACCAGUACAGAGUAGCGAUGACAGCCAAAGACUGCUCCGUGAUGAUUGCUCUCGCGCCUUGUGGAGAGGAUGAACUGCUGGAACCAAGCUUGGAAAUCCAGCCCUCAAAGCCCAGGUUUACAUACUCUGUGUCCAUCCUGGAUUUAGACCCAAAACCUUACGAGAGCAUCCCCCACCAGUACAAACUCGACUCGAAAAUCGUCAACUACUACUUGAGGAGCAUUCAAUCUAAACAGGAGCCGCCAAAGCUUAACCGGACCAUGGACAGGGACCGGGAAGACUGCACGCUGGUGUUCCACCCUGUAUGAACCACUCUCGCCCUCCCUCAGGGGAACUGUGUGAAGUGAGCAAUGACAAAUGCAAAGAUGGAAUCCAUGAAACAUAUCCUUUUUUGUGUUUUCUUUUUUUUUCCUUUGAAAAGCUGUAUGCCAUAUUGAUUUGGAGAGUGAAUGUAGGUGAGACAGGGGUGUAAGUGGUGAUGUUACAGUGGUGCAGUGGGCCGGCCCAACAUCCUCUCUUAUUGCGCAUAUCCUGUAGGGGGCAGGUCUCCCUGAGCACAAGGUGCCUAAGUGUGUCGGAGAGUGAGGAGGGAGAGCGAGGGGUGUAAUCGUUCAGGUGUCCUUUGGUCAUUCACAGUGCUACAUCCACAAUGCUGUGGUGUUGAAUUGUGCCAAAAGGCUUGUGGUGAUUUUUGAGAGUUCUCAGCACUUCAGCGCUUAGUAAGUGGCAGCUUGAAGCGGUGAAAAGCAGUGAACGGCUCAACAAACCUAUCUGUUACAUCGUCUUUCUUUGCAGCCAUACAAACGCCCUUAAUAGCGGACUUGUUUCCGAAGAUCUGUCAACUGCCCUUAUAUUCAUGAGACGUACAAGUGAAGGUCACCUUAAGAGGGAUUAUUAUAGGGCAGGGAUUCCAGAUUUGUAAUAGAUAAGAAAACUGAAUUUUAAAUAUGUCUUGACACUUGUGUAUUCAAAGAUCCAUCAAGCGGAGUCUUUAAAUGAUGGUGCUACAGCAGAACUCUAGGCUGAUAAAACCUCCCCCAUCUGCUCAGUUGGCCUGAUGCAAUCAAGGAAGGAGAAUAACUUGCUGACCUGGAGUCCUAUCUCAAGAGGGGGUCACUGAGGUAUUAGAAGUGUAUUGCUGAGGUGUCUCGUUUUGUUUGGUCAAUGUGUGUCUUAUUUCAGUUCCGUUCAGCACAUUAAAAACAAACUAGGUUUUCACCUUUUCAUUUAUAUUGCAGUCCUACCCAACUGCCAUAUGGGUGGGAUUAUUUCACAUAUAAUUGGCAAUGAAUCUAGAUGUAGUUUGCCAACACUGAUUAGCGUACUAGCCAUUUUUAUCUUGAGUGGAU